GUACGGGCUCGGCCAGUUCAUCGACAACCGCAUCCAUUCCCACAGCAACCCCACCGCAACGAGAUCUACAACGGCCAUCAGGGUGGCGUCUUCAUCUUGGGCGAAGGCCGCGGCUUGAUCGAGCAUAACAAUAUCUAUGUGACUCAAUGUGGAUUGUGAAGACACAGAAGGGGACGCAUUUGGAUCUUGAAUCAUGAAUGUUGAAUCUUGAUGCUCACAGAAAAGGAAGUCAACCAGACAGAUUUGAUUUGAUUUGCAGUCGUCGCCGCCGCACCACGAUCACUCGGCGGCAUCCACAUCUAGUGGUGGUGGAUCUACAUGCAAGGAGCAUGCGCACUACCACUGGAUGUGGAUGCUGGAUGAGUUGGGCAACCUCGGCCGCUCCAGUACCAACUGCCCGACCAGGUGUUGCUAACCAUAUUCGGCUACUUGCUGUCGGUUUCAGGGCAUCAGCUCUGUUGGGGCAAACUGAGCCGCUUCGGCGAGCGGGCCAAUAAUUUCAACAUUGUUUCAAUUCCAAGUUGAUUGUUUUGAAUUAAUAUAGUCUACUGUUACAGAGAGACUAUGCCUUUUGAAAAUAUAAACGGUUACCUGAUAAGUACCUUAAUUUGUGUUAUGAAAUAUGAUUGAUAUCCAACUAUUUAAUAAAUUUCUCAAUUUGAAAGA